AUGAGCAACGUCGGCACUUCGCUGGGCAAGACAGGCCAGCCGGUCCUCGACAUCCAUACAAAUCCCGACACGAGUCCGGGCAAAGCCCAUCAAGAGGAAGCACAAAAGAAGCAAUAUCAGUUUCGAUAUGCGACACUCCAGGGAUAUUUCCUCCAAGAUGAUCCGCGCACCAAAGCGGCCGGAUUCCAGUUUAUGGAGAACAACUUCGGGCUGGUGCAGCGCCCGUAUGACUCGGACGAGGAUCUCCCGGAUCGCGGGCAGGGCAAGACGGCCUGGCAGAGAUUCGAACACCACAUCAGCUCGCUCAACAAUGCCGCCACACGCAAGAGGCACGAGACCGGCGAGGACGUCGUUACGCAGUACAAGCUCCUUUUCCUGGGCCGGCACGGGAAUGGGUACCAUAACAUCGCCGAACGAUACUACGGUAGCGAAGCAUGGGACUGCCACUACUCGAUGCUGGACGGGGACCCGGAGGGCGUCAUGAUAUGGGCCGAUGCACACUUGAGCAAAGAAGGCCGCCGGCAAGCCAAAGAGGUCAAUGAGUUCUGGAAGUCGCAGAUAGCGGAGCAGAAAAUGAGUCUGCCGCAGUCAUAUUACGUCAGCCCACUUGAUCGGGCCCUGGAGACCGCGGAGAUCACAUUUGACGGUCUCGUGCCCUCGUUCGACCCGACCGUGGUGGAGCGUCUACGUGAAGGCACGGGAAUCCAUACCUGUGACCGUCGCAGCCCUGUGUCGUACAUUCGCCAGCGCUAUCCAACAUAUGUCACCACUCGAGAUCCCUUCCUCACGGAAGCCGACCAGUUCUGGGAUGCCGAGCUUCGCGAACCGGACCAGGCUCUAGCAAUCCGUCUGGGCAAGUUGAUGGACCAGAUCAUGGCCGACGAGGAUGGUGAGCGAAUCAGUCUCACUAGUCAUUCGGGAGCCAUUGGUGCGGUUCUAUAUGUUCUCGGCCACAGACAGUUCUCCCUUGCCACGGGAGCAGUUAUCCCUGUGUUUGUCCGUGUGGACAAGAUACCCGUUGGCGGAGAUCACCACAAUCCGCUGUCGAGGAGACAUGGAGGGAAGGCCGAAGGAGGCAAACACGCCCAAGCGGACGACGGCGACGACGACCAUGACACAAAUUCAGAUCAACAGAGACCAGAUAUGAAUGAAGAAGACGACAAAUCAACUUGGCGACCGAAGCCCUUGUGUCCUCCGGAUUUGGAUAUACCCAAUAUCGGCGUGAAGCGCUGGGGCAUGGGGGUCAAAGAGUUCGUCACUGGUGUCGAGAACGGGACUGUGAAGCUCGAGGAAGUUGCUUUUCGAUACGCCGAAUAA